GAGACAGAGAGGAAGAAAGAGACAUGGGCGUUUGCGUACCCGUAUCUCUUGUCACAGCAAUGAUAACCACGUUAUGGCGUCGAUGCUGACUUCCCUCCCUUUUGAUUCAACCGACAAAUUAGGACCCCCACUCUCUCUCCUCCCCUCUCUCUCCUCUCUCUCUGUAUAUAUAUACACACACACACAUGGCGUCCGUUUCUCUGAUUCACCCGCGCUUUGGGCACUUACCGAGUUUCAGCUGCAAUCGGCGAAACGACACCCAAGGACCUUUAGGGACCUCCUCCUCCUGUUCGUCGUUCGGCUUCGGUUCCGAUAUUAUAUUGCAGGCAUAUGUGGUAGUUGGAGAAACCAAGGCCUUAGGGCUCAAGCUAUGACUAGUCAGGGGAAAUUUGGAUCCUCCAGGGGUGUUGCAAAUGCGGAGAAUAAACCCGAUCAUCUUCUCGUCCUUGUUCACGGCAUCUUGGCGAGCCCGAGUGACUGGACAUACGUGGAAGCGGAGUUAAAAAGGCGUCUAGGAAGAAACUUCUUAAUCUAUGCAAGUUCGUGUAACACGUACACCAAAACUUUUUCUGGUAUUGAUGGAGCUGGGAAACGAUUAGCAGAUGAAGUUAUGCAACUUGUACAAAAGACAGAGAGCCUAAAGAAGAUCUCAUUUUUAGCCCAUUCUCUAGGGGGUUUAUUUGCAAGAUAUGCAAUUUCUGUCCUUUACACACUCAACGACAGUGCCAGUUCAACUACUGCAAAUUCACAAACGGCAUACUCAUUGAGACGGGGAAAGAUUGCUGGGUUAGAGCCUAUUAAUUUUGUAACAUUGGCAACUCCACAUCUUGGGGUGCGAGGGAAAAAGCAGCUUCCAUUUUUAUUAGGAGUACCUUUCUUAGAAAAGCUGGCUGCACCAAUCGCUCCUAUUGUUGUUGGUCGAACCGGUAGUCAAUUGUUUCUCACCGAUGGUAAGCCUGAAAGACCACCACUUCUUCUGAGAAUGGCAUCCGAUUGCAAAGAUGGGAAAUUUUUAUCUGCUAUGGGGGCAUUCAAAUCUCGGAUUAUCUAUGCAAAUGUAUCUUAUGAUCAUAUGGUUGGUUGGCGCACAUCGUCCAUUAGGAGGGAGACCGGAAUUUUUAAGCCCCCUCGCCGGUCUUUAGACGGGUACAAGCAUGUUGUAGACGUGGAGUACUGUCCUCCAGUUUCAUCUGAAGGUCCCCAUUUUCCUCCUGAAGCAGCUAAAGCAAAGGAAGCCGCCCAAAGCGAACCCAACAUACAAAAGACAUUGGAAUAUCACGAAAUUGUAGAAGAUGAAAUGAUACGGGGUUUGCAGCAAGUAGGAUGGAGAAAAGUUGAUGUCAGCUUUCAUUCGGCGUUCUGGCCCUUCUUUGCCCACAACAACAUUCAUGUGAAAAGUGAAUGGCUUCACAAUGCUGGCGUCGGGGUGGUUGCUCACGUUGCCGACAGCCUGAAGCAACAGGAAUCCUCCUCCUCAUUCAUCACUGCCAGCUUAUAGCUUCAAAUCUGUAUGUAAUAUAAGUGCAGUGUAGCUGAAAACAUGUAGAAUAAGUUAACCUCACCAUUUCACAUUUGUACAUGUAGCAGGCAAUGUGAUCGAUAAAUGUAGUUCGCUA